GCCCGAGGAGACCAAGAAAGAGGAAACGUUAUCUCAGAACCCUACUGCCAAGCCCCCAAGAACACCUAGCAACAGGAGGGAAGAUUAAAAAAAAACAACGAAAAAUCCUUCAUCCACAAAUCUGGGUGGGUGUAUCUGUGACCUCCUACUUCUCUAUUAGGAUAUUUGUGAGAAGGGAUUGCAUUGUACCAUUUCCUGCAUGAAUUGUGCUUCUGGCAAAAUCAGCUCAGUGAGACAGGCAAAUAACUGUGUGUGCUGGAUGCUUUGUCAGACUGUAAGACUGAACGUGACUUGUACUAUAUUUAUUCUGGGUUUCAAGUUAAGCCUGGGGGCUGCAUGGUGGAUCUACUCAUUGGUACUGCACAGAACAGCUAGGUGGGAAUGAGGUCUCGAAACCAGGGUGGAGAAAGCUCAUCUAUUGGGCAGAUCUCUAACUGCAAUAAUGCAAACGUGGUGGAUGAAGGAACUGUCAAAUACAACAACAAACUUCUUAGAAACAAGGAGGGUGAUAUGCAGGUUUCUGGCACUGUUAAACGGCACAUGAAAUCUUCUGGAGUUGGUGAUAGGAAAAACAAGAAACCAAAUGAACCAACAAAAGAUGACCUAGUCAGGCUGCUGAGUGUCAUGGAAGGAGAGCUACAGGCUAGGGAGGAUGUUAUCCAUAUGCUAAAGACAGAGAAAACAAAACCUGAAGUUUUGGAAGCUCAUUAUGGGUUUUCAGCUCCAGAGGAUGUGCUCCGAGUCCUGCACAGAGAUGCUGUCCUUGCUAAAGAUAAAUCCAUAGGAGAAGAUGUCUAUGAGAAACCAAUGGCAGAGUUGGACCGACUUGAAGAAAAACAAAAAGAAACCUACCGGCGAAUGUUAGAGCAGCUCCUCUUGGCAGAGAAGUGCCAUCGCCGCACAGUAUAUGAACUGGAGAACGAGAAACGCAAGCACGUGGAUUACAUGAACAAAAGUGACGACUUUACAAAUCUUCUGGAGCAGGAGCGUGAAAGGUUAAAGAAACUGCUUGAACAGGAGAAAGCUUAUCAAGUACGGAAAGACAAAGAGUACACCAAGAGACUCAACAAAAUUAGAGACGAAUUGGUAAAGCUGAAAUCUUUUGCAUUAAUGCUUGUGGAUGAAAGACAAAUGCAUAUUGAACAGCUUGGGCAGCAGAGCCAAAAGAUACAAGAUCUAACGCAAGAACUUAGAGAAGCAGAGAACAAGUUAAAAGUAGCUUGUGCUAAAGCUAAUGAGGACAGCCAAAAACUCAAUAAAUUGGAAGAAGAUCUUGCACACAAAACUUCCAAAUAUUUUCAAGAGCAUGAAGAAAUGGCUACUAAAGUGGCAGCGCAGGAGUGCAAUAACAGACAGCUUAAGUUAAAAGUGGCAGGUCUUAAUAGAAGGAUUGAAGAGUUAGAAGAAGCAAAUAGGGAUCUUCAGAGGUCUGAGGAAGAACUAAAAGAGUUGAGAGAAAAAAUAUCUAAAGGUGAAUGUGGAAGUUCUAGCCUAAUGGCAGAGGUGGAAAACUUACGGAAGCGAGUUUUGGAAAUGGAAGGCAAAGAUGAAGAGAUAACAAAGACAGAAUUCCAGUGUAAAGAACUUCAAAAGAAACUCCAUGAAGAAGAACACCAUAGCAGAGAACUAAAAUUGGAAGUAGAAAAACUACAAAAAAGAAUGUCUGAACUGGAAAAGUUAGAAGAGGCUUUUACAAAAAGCAAAUCAGAAUGUUCCCAGCUACAUGCUAAACUAGAGAAGGAAAAAUCUCAAACUAGGGAUUUGCUGAAGGAAGUUGAGGCUGUAAAAAGUAGAGUGAGAGAACUUGAAGCAGUAGAAGGAAGACUGGAAAAAGCAGAACAUAAUUUAAAAGAUGACCUGACCAAGUUGAAAUCUUUUACUGUGAUGCUUGUUGAUGAAAGGAAAAUAAUGGUGGCAAAACUAAAGCAGGAGGAAGGGAAAGUAGAGGAAUUAAACAGAAACCUGAAAGUUGAACAGAGCAAGGUCAUGGAAGUGACGGAAAAACUGAUCGAUGAAAGUAAGAAACUUUUAAAAUUCAAAUCGGAGAUGGAAGAAAAUGUAUAUAACUUGACAAAAAUGAGAGAUGAGUCACUUGGUAAACUAAGAACUGAAGAAGACAAGAAUGCUGAAUUAAGCUGUAGGGUAGAUCUAUUAAUGAAAAGACUGGAAAAUAUGGAGGUGUCGGAAAAAGAAGCAGUACGAAACAGAGUGAAAAAAGGUUUUGACCAAGUCCACCAGGAAGACAACAAGUUGAAAGAGAUGAUUUUAGAGAUUGAAAGGCUAAGGAAUCGUCUUCAACAGCUAGAAGUGGUUGAAGGAGAUUUAAUGAAGACAGAAGACGAAUAUGAUCAGUUGGAAAGAAAAUUUCGAACUGAACAGGACAGAGCAAAUGUCCUCUCCCUACAGUUGGAGGAACUUAAAAAUCAAAUUGCUAAGAAUAAAGCCAUUGAAAAAGGGGAAGCAGUAAGUCAGGAAUCUGAGCUGCGUCACAGAAUACGUGUUGAGGAAUCUAAAAGUAGAGACUUAAGAGCAGAGGUGCAAGCACUUAAGGAAAAGAUACAUGAUAUGAUGAACAAAGAAGACCAGCUUUCUCAGCUUCAAGUAGACUAUUCGGUUCUUCAGAAAAGGUUUAUAGAAGAAGAAAAUAAAAACAAAAAUAUGGGUCAAGACGUAUUAAAUCUGACAAAAGAACUUGAGCUUUCAAAGAGAUAUAGCCGUGCAAUAAGGCCAAGCAUGAAUGGCAGAAGAAUGGUUGAUGUUCCAGUUACAUCUACAGGGGUCCAAACAGAUGUAUUGAAUAAUGACAUCUCUGAAGAAGAAACACCAGCUGUAUUUAUACGAAAGUCUUUCCAAGAGGAGAACCAUAUUAUGAGCAAUUUACGGCAAGUUGGGUUAAAACCACCAACUGAAAGAUCACCUGUCUUGGAAAGGUAUCCACCUGCAGCUAAUGAGCUAAACAUAAGAAAAUCAUGGAUCCCCUGGAUGAAAAAAAGAGAGAACGGCACACCAGUGACACCUGAUAGAACAAGUAAUAGCAAUACUAGUCCAGGACGGUCAAAUGAAGUCUUCCUUUCACCAAAGCAUGGACAACCUCUUCAUAUACGAGUUACACCAGACCAUGAAAACAGCACAGCUACUCUGGAGAUAACUAGCCCUCCAGCUGAGGACUUCUUUUCAAGCGCAACUGUGAUACCCACAUUAGGCACUCAAAAACCACGAAUUACAAUUAUCCCUUCUCCAGGUGUUAUAACACAAAAAACAAAAGCUGCUGACAGCCCAAAAUCUCCAGAAAGAGCUAUGUCUCCUGUCACCAUAACUACCUUCUCAAGAGAAAGGGUUGCAGAAAGUGGAAGAACUACUUUCAGUGACAGACCAACAUCUCCAGUUCAGAUACUCACUGUAUCCACAUCUGCUGCACCAUCUGAGAUAUCUGUGUCACCAGAUUCACAGGAAAUGACCAUGGGCCGUGCAGUUUUCAAAGUUACUCCAGAAAAGCAAACGGUUCCAACUCCAAUUAGGAAAUUCAAUUCCAAUGCAAAUAUCAUAACAACAGAAGACAAUAAAAUUCAUAUCCACCUAGGUCCUCAAUUUAAACGAAAUACUGGCACUUCUGAGGUCACAACGCCUGUAAUUACAGUCAGACCAAUGCAUAUUGGUACAGAAAACAAAGAAAUUACAACUGGAACCGUGCUUCGUUCUCCUAAGACCAAUCUGUCAAGUAGGCCUAUGAUGAACAAAGUGACUAGUUCCAUUACUAUAACUCCUGCCACAAGCUCAUCCACUCGUGGAACCCAGUCAAUGACAUCACAGGAUGGGUCAUCCCAACGCCACACUCCCACCCGCAUUCCCAUGGCUAAAGGUAUGAAAGCAGUAAAGCCAAUAAUGGCAAUCCCGGGAGCAGGAAAUCUGUCAAAAUUUGAGCCACGUGGUGAGAGUCAGUCUAUGAAAAUAGAACUGAAGAAAUCCUCAGCCAGCAGCUCUGCCCCUCAUGGAGGAGGAAAGGGCUGAGGCUAAGACUCAGGGAAAGUAUAGUUAUACAUCAGCUACGCUUGAACUCUAGAUGACAUGGAAAGGCAACUGAACUGACGCACUUCUACUGAAAUCCAGCAGCUCUCCUGAUUUAAAUGCUACUGAUUCACGAGAGGAAAUAUGUUUUCAUUGCAAAUAUUCUUGCAGGUGUUUCUUUAAGAACAUUCAGAGAUAUUUUGACUUAAAGGUUUAUAUUUUAUUGUGAUGUUGUUACUCUUAAGACUUUGGUCUUUGCUGUUUUUUAAAUUAUUUUAUAGUAUCCUGAGAUAAUAAAAAUAAAUAGAAAGUGA